UCUUCAUUCUUCAAAUGUCACGCAUCGGUCUCUUAUUCCGGAUGUAAAGAAUGCUCCAGUUGACCUAACUUAAAUAGUUCGCUGAAGAUUCAUCAGUGGGGCUCGACAGCGGUGCUUGUCUCUCAUUUGAAGCAUUGGGUCUAAUGGGAGUCGAUAUAGCUUCAUUCUUCACACUUCGACGGUGGUGGUGAAUUGCGAAUAACGCAUCUGAUCCCUUUUUUUCUUGACCAUUGAUUGAUUUUUGCAAUGUGAGCUUGUUCGAGUCUGCUGUGAUUUUCCCCAUCGCUGUUUAGUCACGCUUCGGUCUUGAAUUGAUUCAUUUGGAAUCCAUUUGGACUAUAUAACAUCCAGAAACCUGGACCUUUUGAUUGACUAGCAGGGGAGACAAUGCUGACCUUUGUGUAGACUCUUUCGUGUCCGAUUUUCAUUUGGUCUCCAUCUUUCAGAGACCACGGAGUGUUCUUAUCAAAAUAGUUGCUGAGGAAUCAUUGAAGAAGAUAGGGGGAGAUAGAGACGAGGGGAAUACGAGAUAACGGCAGUGGUGGGGGAACAUGCUGCCUUCGCAAGAAGCUUCCAAGAUUUACCAUGACAACUACAUGCGGAACUCGCGGGCGAUUGGGGUUCUGUGGGCUAUAUUCACCAUGUGUUUGGCCAUUAUUAACGUAGUGGUGUUCAUUCUGCCCUACUGGAUUGGGGACAGUGUGAACACCCCACACGCAGGCUAUUUCGGCUUGUUCCACUACUGCGUGGGCACUGGGAACUCCAACCGGGAGCUCACUUGCCAAGGAACCUUCACCGAAUUCAGCGGCAUUCCCUCGAGCGCGUUCAAAGCAGCCUCCUUCUUCGUGUUGCUGUCCAUGGUGCUCAUCUUGGGUUGUAUUGCCUGCUUCAUCCUUUUCUUAUUCUGCAACACUGCCACUGUCUACAAGACGUGCGCCUGGAUGCAGCUGCUAUGCGGUAAGAGAUUGGCGUUUGGGUAGCCACCUCCACGGAUGGGCGCAAAUUCAUGCAUUCUGCUCACGAACAUUGAGGGGUCCAUUACUUUCCACUCUGUUCGUUGGCGCGUGAGUGUGCUGUUGUAGCCUACACUGUG